UAUUUUGGCGCGUAUGCUGUGCGGCGAAUUUAACAUGUUUUAUAAAUAAACCUAAAAUAAACGUGUGAUAGCGUGAAUAUUAAGCAUACAACCAUGGGUGACUUGCAAAAGGUCAGAUCGGAAGUCAACAAUGCAUUUAAACUUAGCGGCUUCACAAUACGUCGCGAAGCCAGCACCUUCGUUGCGGAACAAGUUUCUUCUCUCACACCGCGGGAAAGAACGAAAAUGAUCGACAAGUUAACCGCCCAUCUAAUGCACCAGUGUAUAUCCCAGCCUAUUUUAGAAAAGGAACAUCUAGAAACUGCUUAUAGGGAGUGUUCUACAGCCGGACUUGAAGAGACUGAAUCAGUACUAAGUGUGAUCGAUGCCUUUAGUAUUCCUAAACUGGUGUAUGAUAGUGAAAGGAAGAAGUUUAGUAAAAGCGUGAGUACGGAACGCCACUUGUACCCAGAACCUAAAUGGAAAGCUCAGUACUUGAUUGACAGAUAUACUAUUAUUUGGCAGAGGACUGUUAGAAACAAGUUGUUUGCUCAAGAAGUACUGCCGUCUAUGGAGGGUGAGAAACGAUUUCAGUUGCGAAAAAUCGAGGUACUACUUAGUUCUUCAAGUAGAGUUGAUGAGGUUAUAGUCUUAGGUUUGUUAACUCAGUUAACUGAGGGGAAAUUCUACUUGGAAGAUCCAACUGGGAGUGUAGAGUUGGAUAUGAAGGAAACUAGAUACCAUUCAGGAUUGUUUACGGAAAGCAGCUUUGUUCUAGCUGAAGGAUUCUUUGAAGACAAGGUUUUUUAUGUCAUGGGUCUAGUUCUACCUCCUUCGGAGAGCAGAGCCACAUCUUUGAACUAUUUUGGCAACUUGAACACUUUUGGUGGAAAAUCAAAGAAUUUACUGAAGAAUUCGCAAAAUUUGUUGAAAAUAGAACAGGAGAAUGAAGACGGAUGAUUAUUUUCUUGUCUGAUGUUUGGUUUGAUAAUCUCAAAGUGAUGGCGAAAUUAAAAAUACUAUUUACUGGUUUCAAUGAGUUUCCACCUAUUGCCAUUGUGUUUAUGGGAGAGUUUUUGUCAUGUCCUUAUGGAUAUGAACAUAGUAU